AUGGCUAAGGUUUUUCUCGACUUUACGAAACAGAUUUCCUCGGAACUCAAACAAUACUAUCAUGCCCAAGGUCUGGAGGAUACUCGAGUUAUUCGCGACAAGCAGACCAAACAAUCAAGGAGAUUUGGCUUCAUCCGCUUCGGCACAGUGCAAGAGGCGGAAGCCUUCAUGGAUCGCAAUUACCCUAUCCUCUACCUGUAUGGUGAGAGUGACAAGUCUAACGGAAAUGCAUCCAAAGUGAGGAUAACCUUUAGUCGGGAACGGAAAGAUCCACGGAGGACGGACGAUCCAGAUUGGAUUUGCGAUUCUUGCCUCAUAAACAAUUUCGCGACCCGAGAUCGAUGUUUUAAAUGCCAGGCUGAGAAACCAGAGCACCCAACUUACGCCAUCCCCACGAAACCGCCCAAUGUCGGAGACAACGAUGCUUCCCCAGACAACCACCCCUCUCAAUUCCUUUUGUUACGGGGGUUGGAACCUUCCGUGUCCGAAGAAUUGCUCGUAAAGGGCGUAGCGAAACUUUACAAGCCUGGCUCGUCAGCGUCUCAACGAGAUGAAGCAUCUGCCAAAAAGGGCGCCAAAGUCGCAUCCACCACCGGUGAUGCGAAUCUCGGUGCUAGAGAAGGCACCUUACGUCGAGUUCUAGUUGUCCGCGAUCGAAAAACCAACGAGAGUUGGCGGUAUGGUUUUGCAGAGUAUGCCUCAAUUGAGGAUGCGCAAGCGGCUCUGAUUCGGUACAACUCCUUUGAGCGUUUCACGAUUGCUUCCAAGCAGGUGCUUGUUAGCUAUAUCCAUGCCGGCGUUUUCGUCCCCGUGUUGCAUCCGACUCCUGACAUUGAACGCUUCUGCUUCAGCCCCGUGGGCAACCCAGCCAUGAAGCUAGCGUAUUGGGAUGAAGGGGCUUAUGUGAAGGAAUUGGCUGUAUCGAUGCCGAAUACAGUCUCGCAGGAUCCAAAGAAUGGCUCGACCACACGCACAGACGCAGGCAUCAAACCAACCAAAGAUGCAGAGAAGGCUAAAAAGCGAAAGGCUCAGGCAGAUGUGGAUACGACCGGAGUCAAAAAGACAGUGCCAUCGCACCUCCAAUUUUGGAGUAAUCGCCAUGCCGAAUUGCAUGGCAUUUCAAAGAAAUCACACGAUCGAGAAGAUUCGAGAUCGACUGACGGGAGUGAAAGUGCAGAUGGGCCACCAUCGCAGUCGUAUGCUGACCCAAAUCGACACUGCUGUUACCUCUGCAUGCGUCAAUUCAACAACGCGGCAGAAGUCAACAAGCACGAGCGUCUGAGUGCCCUGCACCGCUCGAAUUUGCAGGAUGAGAUGAGAGUCCAAAAGGCAGAGGCCAAGUUGUUGAAACACGGGAUCCAGCGGCAAUUCGUCAUGGCCGCCGCGGCAAAACCUGCGCGGGAAUACCGUGAUCGAGCAAAAGAAAGACGGAAGAUCUAUGGCGUUGUCAAUAAGAAAGGCGAACAAGUCGGAAACGCACCCAAAUCGUCACGCGCAUCCUCGGAUGAUGAAACAGUACAAGCACCACCUGUUCAGUCCAAGGGCGCCUCAUUGCUCAGCAAAAUGGGCUAUACCGCCGGACAAGGGCUCGGUGCCUCUGGAGAGGGCAUGACUGCGCCGAUCAGUCAAGACGUCUAUGUUGCUGGAGUUGGACUGGGUGCGGAAGGCGGGAAACUUGGUGAUGCAGUUGUUGAAGCGGAGCGAAAUACCAAAGGUGAUUAUGGCGGGUUUUUGCAAGAGACGCGCCAGAGGGCCAGGGAGAGGUACGCACGAAUGGAGUAG